AGCUUCCUGUCCUCUAUGGUUGGAGUGGAGGAGGAGGAGGAGGAGGAGGAGGAGGCGGCGGCGAUGAGUGAACGGUUACACAUUCUCGCGAGGAUAGGGGUACCGAGAUUUGUUGGAAGGUGUUGUGGGAGCACGUGGGUGUGCUCCGAUUUUGAUCUGGCUCCGUUAGAGUUGUGCUCCGCCGCCAUGGACUCCGCGAAGCCGCAUACCGGACAGACGGUGGAUGGCGAGGCCGGGUCCGAGUGGAGCAUCCCGCCCAACGCACCCGCCUGCAUGGAGCGGCACCUGGACGGGGCCCACUACCGGGCAGAUGGUGUCUUGCUCCUUGGAGCAUCCAGCUUAAGUGGACGGUGCUGGGUUGGUUCCAUUUGGGUAUUCAAGGAUCCGACAAAAGCUCCGAAUGAAGGCUUUUGCGCCGCAGGGGUUCAAACUGAAGCAGGAAUAGCAGAUCUGAAAUGGGUGGAUGAUAAAGGCAUCUUGGUUGCUUCUGACUCAGGUGCUCUGGAGCUUUGGGAGCUGGAUGAGAAUGAGACCCUGAUAGUGAACAAAUUUUGUAAGUACGAGCACGACGACAUUGUGACCACAGUGAGUGUCCUCGCCAACAACACACAGGCUGUCAGCGGUAGCAAAGACUUCAGUGUGAAGAUCUGGGACAUCCCUCAAGAAACAGUGUUGAAUUCCUACAGAGCUCAUUCCGGUCAAGUAACAUGUGUCGCAUCCUGUCCUGGAAAGGAUAUGGUGUUCUUGUCCUGCGCUGAGGAUGGCAGGAUUUUACUCUGGGAUACCAGGUCUCCAAAACCAGCAACUCGCAUUGUCCAUACUGCCUCUAAUAAUCUUUCUACCUCACUGGUGUGGCAUCCACAUCAAAAUGACACUUUUGUUUUGGGUGACGAAAAUGGAACUGUUGUCCUUGUAGACACAAAGAAGCCUGACUCUGCGCUCAGCACAGCUGUGCACUCUCGAAGUGUUACAGGAUUUGCUUUCUCUGCACAUAGUUCACCCCUUCUGGCUUCCAUCAGUGAAGACUGCUCCGUAGUUGUUCUUGACUCCAACUUUUCAGAAGUCUUCAGAAACCGUUCCCAUCGAGACUUUGUGAAAGGGCUGUCAUGGUUGCCGUCAGACAAAGGCUGCCUAACAACGGUUGGAUGGGACCAUCAAGUUCUACAUCAUAUAGUCCCAACACAGAAUAACCAUCCUUCUGCAAAUAAUGACAUCACUGCAUAGUUUUAUAUAUAUCUAUAUAUAUUUGAAUCCUUCUCUCUGAAAUAGCAUUUGUUUUGUGUUGUCAUGUCUGGGGGGUUUGAAUGUAGCCAUUGCAGCUUAGAAAAAAAGUCCUGUAACAGUUUUGUGUUAGAUGAGGACUAGCCUUACACCAGCUUCUUGUUGACCAGUCUGGAUCUCCUUGUAAGAAGCUUCUUGGCAGAGCUCAAUCUCCCUUUGGCAUCUGCUCUUGGAAAGACAAGCAUUUGUUGUCUGUUUAACUUCACUGUAUUUCUUAGAACAUCCAAGAAAUGAAAGCUUUUGAACUUUCCUGCCAACUUUGGAUAGGGAUUUGAGUUAAAUUAAAGAGAUGAGAAAGUAAUCCAGCCACAGGAACAUUCAAAGGAACUUCGCAAGACUUGGCUGAUGACGGCAUCCACCUUGGUCUAUCUGUGUUAAGGGCAUUACUUUAAAGUGUGCUGUCUUAAGUAUGCAGUGCUUUGUGAUUCACAACAUUUCUUGGCAGGGGUGGAAUGUCCACAUCAGUCCUAAAAAUAUGAGCCAUGUAAGUGUGCUCCAGACAGACUUCAUAGCACUCAUUGGCCAUGAUUGUAAUGCUAGAGAUUUUAAUCUGCUCAAGAGAAACAAUUGCCCUAGGGAGGAAAAAUUCUCCAUCAGAUUGUGUAAUUAAAAAACAAAACAACAACCCUUGAAUACUCCUGUACUAAAAUACUAGAUGUCAGUGGCCUGUGUGCAUAAAAUGGCUGAAUUAUCUCCUUGUCCAAAAAGUUCCUGUGACUUGGGUUCCUUUUAUAGGUCCCCAUGCUGCAUGGCAAAAUGCUUAGGAAGCAAUGGCAGAGGGACAUGCUAUUCAAAUAAUUUGGGCAGGAGAGAAGCAAAAACCUCUGCUAGGUUGAACCCAAACCUUUGUCUGGGUCUCUGGAUCCCAGCCCAUUGCUCUGGUGAGUCCAUGCUUUGUUCAGGAUGCUGUACUGUCUGGGGUGAGAGGGGAGAAGGAUCCAUUUGGCCUACUGUACAGUUACAAGGACUGAAACUUCCUUUUCAUUUGUUUCUUUUGCUUUGGUUGUGUAAUAUGAAGGAAAGGAUGUCCUCAUCAUUUCUAAGGCACUGAGCAACCGAGUCUUGCUUUGCUGAUGUCUUAACAGUCUUCAUGGAAUCCUUGAACUUUGGUUACUACUGAAGGUGUCUGCCUUCACCUGCUACUACACUAUGGAGGCAUUUGGAGAAGAUACUAUUUUAUUUUUUUAAUGUUACAUCCUUGAAAGUGAGAGCAAAGCACUCCUCUGAAUCUGGUUGCUUUAUUUAGACUACAGACCAUUUCUAAAUCAUGUGAAAUUUUAUUUUGGGUGUGGGAGGAGUGUUAGACUGCCCUGUGGAUCUCAGAAACCCUCAUGCAGGACUGUGUGUGCCAACCCAACUGGACGAUGUGUAAACCCUUUGUGAGGCAGAUAGUUGAUAGUCACUUCUCCUGCUCUAUGUGGUUAUUAACAUUUCAAAAUAAAAGGAGAUCUGGCAGCAUAUAUGUUUUUGUAGGUCUCCUGUGGAACUGCUUUAUGAAAUCCCAACUGUUUUUGGUGCCCUUCAGCCCAUUUCUGGGCAGGUAGGCUAACUUGUUAAUGUACGUGUUUUGUUUUGUUAAUUGUAUUCAUUCCACAGUUCCAUGGUGGAGAUUUAGAAUGGGUGUGCAGAUGUCAGAUGUUGUGUCAUGGAUACUUGUAGAACAGCUUAUGGGGGGAUGUGUGUUUUUCUUCUGUGGUGAUGUUCUGGAGCAAAGGGGGACUUAACAUUAUGCUAAUUUGAUGCUGGUAACAAGCACUAAUCCAAGACGUGUGUGUCACAUGACAGGAAUAGAGAUGACCACGGGGAAACGGGAAGAUUUUUUUUAAAUAAACCCCUUUUCAUUUUUAACCAGG